AUGGCAAGGGUACAAGAGAAUUCUUCUGGUGACCACGCGAUCGACAACAACGAGCAAAGACGACCAUUUCAACUCACCAGUGCCCUGCAAUGCGCUGUGGAUGUCCGAGCCGGCGCGAAGCCCCGUAACGUCCAGGCGCUCUGCGAUGUGUCGAACCACGAAUAUGUCCAUGCAGGCACGACUGCUUGGUUCCAGGACCCUGCUACGAGUGGCUCCGUCGUCGAUGGCUUCAUCGAGCUUGGGCACGUCCUUACCACGCGUAUCGGAUCCAAUGCUUGGAGCUCGGCGCAAGGGAAACCUGCGCCAGAGCAUGAUUUAAUCGUCGCUACAACGCUUGGCUGA